UUUUGGGUUAAACUGUAAAUACAAUACAGAAUUCCCAUCUGGGCUUCAUGCCAAGGUCAGUCCGUAUAAGUCAUUAAUAAAUAUACCAAUAGUUAUCAGGGCCUGUUUAUAUGAUCCGCCUUGACCCGCUAGGCAGGAUGAACUUUGCUUUCUGAGUAAAUCCUUUCCUGCCAAGGUGGGAUCAUAUAAACAGCACUUAUAAUUUGUAACUUUCUACAUUUUGAUUUCAAUAUUAGUGGCACUCAAUAAAUGUUUGAGUGAUCACAAAAUAUUCUACACCAUGAGAGCAAACAUGUCAUUGAGGGCAAUAAAUAAAACAUUCAAUGAUGUCCUGUUGACAAGUAAAAUCAUCUGGUGUUCAGUUAGAUGGAGUAAGAGGGUGGUGGGACGUGUAACAAAGUAUUAGCCAAGGGCUAAUUAAUAGGAUGUAUCGAAGCUUAAUGAGUUAUAAAGUUAACAGAAGGCAUCACAAUAGAUGGUUUGCUUAAUAAAUUACCAAUCAACAUUUUGGCUAAUUAAUAGGAUGUAUCGAAGCUUAAUGAGUUAACAGAGGCAUCACAAUAGAUGGUUUGCUUAAUAAAUUACCACUCUACAUUUUCCAUUUGAUGAGUAAAAUAUCUGGUGUUGGCAGAGUGAAAUAACGAAGUUGGGCACAUGGGCUCAUUAUAAUGGCAUGGCAUGUAUUAAUUACAUUCUUGCUAAUAACAAAUAUCUGUAAAUUUGCAUGGGCGUACGGGCCUAAUCUUGUUUGGGGGGGCACAGUAUUAGUUUUCCCGACCGUCGCUAAUUAAUAUUUCUCCCUGAAAUUAUUGGCGAGGGGAGAGGGGAGGUCACCAAAAAAUUUUCCUGGACAUACCAAAAAAAUUUUUCCUAAUAUCACCUAAUUUUUGCAAACAUACGAAAAUUUUUCCGGACAUAUCAUAAUUUUUCCGAAAUCUAUAUGUUUUGCCCGAAUUUCGCAUGGAUUUUUGCCAGACCAUAAAAAUUUGGGAGGGGGCUGUGCCCCCCCCCCCCGGCCCAUAUAAAUUUGUGCUUGUUUUAUAAGUGCCACUGAAAUUUUUUAUGGUUAAAAUUUUCAGGUUGCUAAUGAAGAGUUUGAGAUGACAAUAAAUCAAGUGAAUAAAGUUUUAAAAAAAACAAUGACUGUCAAUGUUAGAUGGUGGUUAUGUGGAUGUAUAUGUUGUUGUUGUACACUAGGGAUGUCUUUAUGGCCUGUUGUUUGUCUCAAUAAAAGGGUAAUUUUCAGAUCUUAAAUACAAAACAAGAUAAUCUGUGGGACCUGUCUUAGGACUUUGCCAGGCAAGUAUUUCCUUCUGGCAAAAAGGAAAUAGACAAUGGAUUAGACAAAGUGAAAGAAUAUAAAAAGGGGGCAUAUGAACCUUUCCAAACCAAUCCUUCAAAUCAGUAUUCUUGUUUUUCAAUAGGGCCUUAUUGAAAACCGCUGUUGCGAUGUAGGUUCCCUGGGUAAAUAGUAAAUACUGUUAUAAUAAUAAUAUAUAAUUUUUAUAAUAUUUGUGAAACUCAUUAAUACUUUAUGAAGAAAACACAAAAAAAUCAUGUAUACCUGAUACAGAAAUCAUGCUGAUUUACAUAAAUUUUCUCACCAAAUAUCAUUCAUUUAUUUUAAAUUGUUGAAGAAUAUGACUAUUCUCUUCGAGCUGUUUCAGAAGCUAUAUAAAGCAUUUGCGGCCAUGUUGUAUAACUUGUAUCAGACAUACACAACUACUUGCCUUCGGCUUCAGUUUGUAUAUCUGAUACAACAUGGCUGCUCAUGCUUUAUCUAUUACAUACAACUUUUACUUUAAAUCCCAGAUGUAACAAUGUGUUUUAAUUUUGUAGACUCGUCAUACAAUAAACAAAGUUUUAGAUUCGGAGAAUAGCAAUUUCUACCAUAAAGUAAGUUUUAUUACCUUACCACCUGCAUCAUUGCUAAAUGCAGAAUUAUUUAAUGCCGCCAUGCAUUAACAUUGAAACCUCUAAAAGCUUAAAUAUUUAUUUAUGGCAGCUUGGUCUUCACUGGAGUUUAAAGAAACAGAAGUGUACAUCAAGUAGCAUGAUGGAAUUUGUAAGUAGAAAUGUACAUAUUAAGUUUGUUGUGACCCAAACAUAAUAUUUGUAGUGUGUAAUUAAAGAUCAUUGUAAACAUGCCGUUUUCUUUUGGAGUACCAUAAAUUUAACUUUUCCAUUACUGGCUGGCAAUUAUGAUAUGUAUGGAUGAAAUUUUGUUUCCAGAGUAAGAAAAACUACAAUUUCGUUUUUCCUAUUAUUUUAGGUACUUCUAGUAGAGUUUCUACCAAAGGCACAAAUCCUGAAGCCUGACUAAUUGACAGAUAUCAAAGAGUGGUCUCCGAUUUUGAACCCCUUCACAUUGGCCUUGCUGUGCAUAUCAAGUUUAAAAGAACCAUAAAGAUUAGAGAGCACUUUUAUUAACAGUAUGAUAGGUCUUACAGUUGAAGAAUGAAGAUGACAUUUUAGCUUGUGUGAUUUCCAAAGCUGUGGUACACUUUCCCUUGUGGCAAAACAGUUGACUGUCUCAAGCAAUUGACACUUAUAUACAUCUCAUCAAGAUUUAUAUUCAUUAUGCAAGCUAAUGACGAUGCGUGGCAAUGUGAACUAGUCAACCAAUCAGUACAGAGUGGGUUGUACCCUUGUGUUCUCAGACUCAUACUACAGCAUACUUACGUGGAGGCCGAUUUUAGGGUUUGGCCUAAGACGAAGUUUUGCGAUGGCCUUGAUCUUCUUUGAUGAACAAAUUGCUAAAUAUGUACCUUCAAGAUACCUUACAUUUACAGGUAAUGAAUCAUGUCGUUUGACAGCCCACAACCUGUCAUAAGCCAAUAAUCAAUAUGCUUUCUCUGCGCGUGUAUACGUUUCAAUCAUUCGACUGAAGAAAUUACUCUAUGCCAGAUUAAUAUAUUAUAUUUUUAUUGCUGUAAAUAGCUUUGUAACGCUAAAUGAAAUGUGUACGUUGUAUUUUUUCACCAGAUUAUAUUUGUAAAGAAUUAGGUCAAAUAUAUACAGUAUUUUACAGUUUUAAUUAUUUAAUAGUCUUCGAUAUAAAUUAAUUUUACAAUGCAUGUUGAUUGCUGUUUUUUGGGUAUAUUUUAAACCUGAAUGUUUGGCCAUAAUGCAUCAUGACAAUCGUCGGCGUUUCCGAGUAUCAAUUCGGUUUUCGAUGGGAGACCUCCACUUUGAAUAAGUUCCAGAGGAAUGUUGUCUGAUGCAGGAGACGUCCAUGGCCUCAUUUCUUUGACAUCCAGUGGCAGCGUUGAGGUGGGUGUUGAGGAACGUUUCGAAGAAUGUCUUCAGUAGUCGUGGAAUUUUUGUCCAAGAGUUUCAAAAGUUUAAUUCUCUCCAGUGACAGUGUUUGAAGAUGUUCUGGCUGUCGGCGCAUGAUGAUUCCACUGUUACCGGCUGUUCUCAGUGUUCCUGUUAGGAUCGAAUUGGUCCAUACAGUUCGUCUCGUGUAUCCUUUGUUUUUUUCUUGCACCUAUUGUUCUGGAGCUCUCUUGUCUCCACGGAAGCGAGCUUUCUCGAUGUUUGACGCUAGAUCUCGUUGUAAAGCUGAUGGGCGAUGGUCUUUUUUAGCUGCUUCCGUAAAUGUUUUAGUGUGAUCCAUUCUUCAUCUACGUUUCUGGUGGUGUUGGUUGGAUUCCUAGAUAGUUUUUCUUUGAUGGUAGCGUGGAAUUCGACAGCAACAAGUUCAACAACUCUGGCCUGAAGCUUUGAGAUGUUGAACUUCUUUCUGUACGGAUUGAAUGGACAGAUUAAGGUAGAUGGAUAUUUUGAGACGACUAAUCAGGAGUUUAUGAUUCGUCCAGCAGUCAUUUACAUUUCUUGCUGUCUUCAUGAUAAGAAUAUGAGGUAGUCAAUGACAUACAAAUGCUUGGAACGCGGGUGCAUCCAUGAUUCAUGUAGUUUUGAAGCGGGUUUGGCAAUCGGAACUGAGUGUUGGUAAUGAAAAGUUCCUGUUCUGCACACAUUCCAAGAAGCAGCAAUCCGUUAGUAUUAUAGCUUCCAUGACCUUGUUUUGCUAUCACGUCUUUUCAUAGGUGCUAGUCUUUAAAUUCUUGCAUUAAAGUCGCAAAAAGCGAUGUGCUUGCUACUGCAGAGAUGGUGGUAUUCAAUUGGUUGUAGAACUGAACUUUUAUGUAAUCAUCGGCAUCUAGUGUUGGGGCAUAGCUAGAGAUAAAAAACUUUAUUUCCAGAGAGUGGUAUAGAGAGAGUCAUAAGUCUCUCCGAUUUGGUAUUUACUGCAAAACCAACCCCUUGAAUAUGGCGUUCACCUCCCUCCUUCCCUUUCCAAAAAAUGGGAUUUUUCGAUCUUUCCUUCCCCUGUGAGUCUGGUUUCGCUCAAUGCACCAUGCAACAUCAAUGUUUAGUCAUGAUAGUUCUUGUAUUACAAUAGCUGUUCUUCGCUCUGGUCUCCUGUUGUCUUUCAAAUCUGGUAAGGUUCUCACGUUCCAUGUUCCAAUAGUCAGAGUACAACUCGUUUAUAGAUCGCGAAUCACCGCAAAGUUUUACACUCCUCCCAAUUUUUAUUACUAAUUGUACAAUACUCAGUAGUUUAACUUUAAUUAAUCAGAAUUCAGUCAUGCAGAUAAUAAAAUACGAGAACACAAAAUCAUGUGACGUAAGUAAGUGGGGUGUGCUAAUCAGUAAUCAUCCUUACUUGCAGCUGAGAGCUAAGCUGAAUUGCUGAGAACGCAUGCAGCUCAACCUGAUCCAGUCGAAGCCUUACUAUAAGGGCACCUCUGGCAGCUACCUUAUGUCUCGUGUCUGAUCACGGAGUCCAGCUACGGUGGAAGGUCAGUCAGGGGGUCACGCAGAUGCCCGAGAUGCGUGGUCAUUCGCUCCGUUGAAUAAGGGAGGCUGAAUGUCAUGUUAAUCAUGUCAAAGGGCUCACAUUUUACCUCGUGGUCUUUUUUGACCCGUAUAAUGGGCAGUACUAGUAGCGAAGUUUAGGUUUCAUCGAUUCGCGUGAUAACGCGUCCUAUGGCUACGACCACGGCUAUGAUUGAAUGAGAAGAUUUAAAAUUUUAAUCAGCACUCAUUCAUACUGCGUCUACUAGUCGUUCGUGUAGCUAACGGUGCGCUUAUACUAAAAUAAUAUUGCUAUAUUUCUAAACCUUUUUAUUCAUAUAUACAUUACCACCGCAUGUACAACAGGGUAGCAUAAAAUGCUUGCUAUAAUAACCGAAAGGUUUCGGAAUCGUCUUGAACAGCCAGACGUAUAUGGUUCUGCUAAAGUUCACACGCUUUCAGUGAGAUUAAUGUACAGAGUGUUCUUAUCACGUUGUUCCAGAUGUCGCUCAACUACUUUUCCAAAUGCACUUUUACCCAAUAAUUCGUAUGCCAAUGUGAGUAACAUUGUAGCCUUUCUGUUGAAGAUUUCAUGUCCAAAUGAAAACAAAUCCAAGCCUAACUCAAGACCCAUACCAUAGUCACAUUCAUCAUUUGCAAACUGAAUGCGUGUUAUGAUAUCUUGCAAUUCGUCCAGGAAAACUUCACGUUGGUUGUCAUUUACGAUAUCUGUUAACAUUCUUUUCAGUUCCGC